CAAGCUAAAACCUUUAGACCCCAAUGCCACAUUCACACUCUCAAAUAAACCAAACCAAAACCACUCUCUUUCUCUCUCUCUCUCUCUCACUUUCUCUCUCUCCGAGCUUUGUAAUAAAACUAGAGGGAGAUUGGACAAGCUGAUCACUCAAAUGAAGAAUACUAGUAUGUGUUGUUGAUGAGAAAGUACAUGGACAAUAAGAAAGAAGAGCUAAAGUUUGAGAAUUCAAUGUCUAAUUCAACAUUUUCCGAUGAGAUUCAGGGCAAUAGUUUGGCUGCUUUCUUUGACAUGACAACAUGUGAUCAACAAGGUGGUGGUGGUGGUGGUGGUGGUGGUGAUCAAAAGGGAUUCAUGGACUUGUUGGGUAUCCCUGAGUAUAGCCAAUCUUUAUUGGAUUGGUUUCCAACACCUUCAUCAACAACAACAACAGCAACAACAACAGCAACUACUCCUACUACUGCUACUGCUACUACUACUAUGCCUCCACAACAACAACCACAAGAACAACCUCUUCCAGAGUCAUCUGAGGUUUUGAACACUCCAGCCACACCAAACUCUUCAUCUAUUUCUUCUUCCUCAAAUGAAGCCGCAAAUGAAGAACAAAUUAAGGCUGGUCAUGAGGAAGACCAGGAUCAAGAAAAGACUAAGAAACAGUUGAAACCCAAAAAGAAGAAUCAAAAAAGGCAAAGAGAGCCGAGAUUUGCGUUCAUGACAAAGAGCGAGGUUGAUCAUCUUGAUGAUGGGUACAGAUGGAGAAAGUACGGCCAGAAAGCUGUGAAGAACAGCCCCUAUCCCAGGAGCUAUUACCGUUGCACCACUACUGGAUGUGGUGUAAAGAAGCGAGUUGAGCGUUCCUCCGAUGAUCCUUCAAUUGUGGUCACAACCUAUGAAGGCCAACACACACAUCCAAGCCCGGUAACACCUCGUGGAAGCAUUGGAAUUAUGCCGGAAGCCACUGCAGCUGGCUUUGGUGCCAUGACUUCUUCAUUUGUUAUUCCACAACCUCAAUAUCAACAACAACAUCAUCAUCAUCUUCUUCAGCAACAUCCUUAUAUGUAUAGCUCACAGCUGCCUCUGAAUAUUAGCACUAGUACUACUAAUUUGAAUUCCUCCUCAUUUCCUAGUUUCAUUCAAGAGAGACAUUUUGGGACACCUUCUUCGGCAUCUUUGCUUAGAGACCAUGGACUACUUCAGGACAUUGUGCCGUCACAGAUGAUUAGGAAGGAGCCGAAAGAAGAGUACAAUGGUUGAUUUUACUCUGUUAAUGGUAUGUAAUUCUCUGACUGACUCAUGGGGGUUUUGUCUUUAGAGAAAGAACCCACUUCACUGUACGUUUCAUAUAGAUCUUUUGGACUUUUAUCAGUGUAAAAUGACUAGACUUUUAGCCUUUAGAGGGACAAAUGUUGGGUUCUUUUUUCUUUUUUGUGUUAUUCUUUGUACUUAGAGUUUAUUCAGUUAUGGAGAAAUUGGGUUUUGUAUCUUUUGCCCAUCUUUA